CCUCUUUUACGCAUCGCACGGCCCUCGCCACGAGAAGGGGGGGAGGGGGGAGGGGGGUGAGGGUCCCAUAUCUCUCUUUCUCUCUCUCUCUCGCAUGCUGAACGAUGCCUUUCUACCUACAGCUCCAAGCUCUCUGGCACCACAGAAAGGCUGGGCUUGCAGGGGGGGUUCAGUUAUCACAGCCCUCAAGAUAAAUAUAUGGAACAUCUGCCCCGAGUUCACACCAGUUUGUUGGUUCACUUCUUCUUAUUCUUCAGCCUUCUUCGUCUUCUUGAAUCAUCAUAUACUACUAUAUACUCCUGAUCUAUCAUCCUUGGAUAUUAGGCUUCUCAUUCAAGCUUGUGUGUGUGUUUACACCUAACCUCACCACAUACCAAACACCAUGAACCGACACGCCGCAUACACCUACCCGCAGCCUGCCCAAAGUACUCACAGAUAUUCGGGCACCAGCAGUGCUUUCUCCGCCAGCGCAAAUCCAAACGAGGACUGGACAAAGAUCUCAGACCUAGCUGAGCGCCGGAGAAUACAGAACCGGAUCGCGCAGCGCAACUACCGCAAGAAGCUCAAGAAGCGAUUGGAAGACCUCGAGAGACGCGCUGCCUCGAAUUCAGCCUCGCCAGAACAACGUCCCGCGGAGCUGCACCGGUCGGAUUCCCACCAGUCGAACGGAUACGCACAGCACGAGGCUCCCCAGGACUCGGACCGCCACUACAGCAGCAGACAGCAGUCCCACGACUCGUACCAGCAGCACCACCACUACCCAACACAUGCCAGCCAGGACGACCGGGGCCUGUUUGCGCAUCAGUACACUCGCCAGCUCUCCACGUCGCCGCCACCGUACUCGUAUGCAACAUACCCAAGCCACGAGACUGUCUCCUAUUCCACCUAUCCUCCACCCUCAGCCUAUCAAGCCGGUGCGACGGCCGACUCGGGUUACACGCCGCCAUACCUCCCUCCUCUCUCCUCGGCCUAUCCGAACACGCUGCCGAGCAUGGUGCAUCCGGUCAAGCAGGAGUACUACGGCGAGGAGGUCAUCAGUCCGUACAGCAUGAGCUACGCCUCCAUGGCCGGGAUCGACAUCCCCGCCCCUCUUCACUACGCAGACUCACAACACAACCCUCAAGUAAAUCUCCCCAAGCCACACCCUCACCCAUAUCCACAUCCACAUCCACAUCCACCUCGUCAUCACUGAGAGAGAGAGAGAGAAGAGGAGAGGAGAGACAAGCUGCACCACCUUCUUGUGUAUAAAACGCGUUUUCAUGACGCGCCCUCUUUCGUUCCCCACCUUACUCGCUCGCCCAACACAACUUUCUCUCAUGAACAAACAAACUCGAACCUCCAUUUGCUGACUCGCGGCCUGCCUCAGACUCCUCCUCUCUCUGAUUCAUUCGAUGCCUCGGUCGCCGGCUCACCACCGGACUCGUCGGCCUAUCCUACCACGCCCGGCUCGUCUGUGGCGGGUUCUCCGCCCAUGUGCAUGGACAAGCAUUGUACCAGCUGCUCAUG